UAUGUUCAUACAACUUAUAAGUUUUAACUAAAUCAAGCUAAGUGCAAUAUUAUUAUAUUCCUCACGGGUCCGAGAUGUGUAAUCCCACUAAAGACGGUGGCUCUAGUCCAACCGGCUUGGUGCGUAAUGAAAAAAGAGCGUAUUUUCAAAGAUAUUGGACGUGGGCCGAUGUAGCAAGAGCGUUAACCGUUACGAUUGUGCACUUUUGGUGUCUCCUGGCGCCGUUAAACUACACAUGGGAAGCACUACGGUUCGGUUUGAUUCUCGUCACAGUGACUAACCUGCUCAUCACAUUCUCUUACCAUAGGAACUUGGCACAUCGGAGCUUUAAGCUCCCAAAAUGGCUUGAAUAUCCUAUUGCUUACGCUGCUGUUUUUGCUCUUCAGGGUGAUCCAUUGGACUGGGUGAGCAUACAUAGGUUCCAUCACCAGUUCACAGAUUCGGACCGUGACCCACAUAGCCCUAAGGAAGGAUUUUUGUUCAGCCAUGUCAUGUGGAUAUUUGACACGCUUUAUAUAAAAUAUAAGUGUGGUGGACGUAACAACGUGAUGGACUUGAAGCAGCAAUGGUUCUAUAGGUUUCUAAGAAAGACCAUUGGUUUCCACGUCUUAAUGUUUUGGACCGUCCUCUAUCUCUACGGUGGUUUACCUUACCUUACUUGCGGCGGGGGCGUUGGAGGUGUGCUAGGGUAUCACGUGACAUGGCUCGUAAACUCAGCAUGCCAUAUUUGUGGUUCGAGAUCGUGGAAAACUAAAGACACAUCUCGUAACGUUUGGUGGCUAAGCUUGUUUACGAUGGGAGAGAGUUGGCACAACAACCACCAUGCGUUUCAGUCAUCGGCAAGGCAAGGAUUGGAGUGGUGGCAGAUAGAUAUCACUUGGUACCUCAUUCGACUAUUCGAGGUCCUCGGAUUAGCCACCGAUGUAAAAUUGCCUUCGGAAUACCGAAAAGAGAAGCUGGCUCUAGCUCGUUGAUGAGCAAAUCCAAGUUGGAGAUUAAUGUUUUUACUAAUCUAUACUUCAUCAUUAUUAAAGUAAUUACCGAGAUUAUGGCUAUUUUAAUUUCCAAAAUAAAUGAAUGUUUUCCUUCUUCUGUCUUAAUAUAAGACUUAAAUGUCCUUGAUCAAGUAUAUUCUUAAAAAUCAUUAGUUUGAUGUUUGUUUUCAAA